UGUCGCAGAGGUGCAGGGGCCGGAGCGGUGCCUGCUGGGCCAGGAGGUGACCCUGCGCUGCUCCAUGGAGGGGACGUUCCCCGAGGACAUGGCUGUGACAUGGGAGAGGAUCCACAGCGAGGACAGGACGGUGCCUGAGAGCGCUGGGGACCAGGAGAGCCCCGAGCACCAGCCACUGUUCCCCGCCCUCCCCCCGGGCUGGAGAGUGACCGAGGAGAGAGCUGGGACCCGCCUCACGUCCUCCCUGACCUUCACCCCCACGCUGCAGGACGACGGGGCGCGGGUCCGGUGCGUCUUCCUCCACGAGGCCAAACGGAUCAGAGAGGAGCGAGUGUCCCCGGAGAUCCGGGGGCAUCUCGCUGACACGCCGCUCCCACCUGUUGCAGCCUGCCGUCCGCGCCCUCCGCACCUGGGGGAGGUCUCCCACCCGCAGGCCCUGGUCCCGGGGCAGCCGGAGACCCUGCGGUGCCGGAUCUCGGGGUUUUACCCCGGGCAGCUGGCGGUGACGUGGCUGCGAAAGGGAGCGGGAGAGAAGGCGCCCAGGCCCCUGGAGAGCUCAGACCCCCACAGGAUGCACACCCCCGCCCCCAGCCCCGCGCCGGACGGGAAGUCCUACAGCGUGGAGUCCGAGCUGCGCCUCCCCCCCGCAGGGCCCGAGGACGCCGGGGUGGAGUACCUGUGCCGCAUGCAGCAUGAGGCCCUGAGGGAGCCCGAGUCCAGGUCCAGCGGGUGGCUGUGGGUCCAAGGUCCCCCAGGUGACAGCUACAGCCGUGAGGAGGCUGGUAUUGGAGCCUCAGACGUGGAAGGCAGUGUCCCCUGCCCUGUGUAUUGUCUGGAGCCCUGCAGGACUGGGGCCUGCGGGCAUCUCCUGAUGGCCAUGUCCCAGGCGCAGCAAAGGCUGCCAGGUGUGCCAGGCUUCCCACCACUGAGCUGCACAGCUCAACACAGACACAGGGAAGUGGAGCACGUGAGGCCAGAGAGUUUUCUGUUCCUGACAGGGGCUCAUGGAGAGGUGCUGGGUACUGGGGAGGGCAGUGCCCAGCUCAGAUACAACCUGGCCUGA